CUGCGCAGUGUGACCGGGAUGGCGCAUUUUCCUGCACCGAGUAAUGCGGUGUCGCUGGCGGCUGAGGAGGGUGGAGAGUUCUGUGGUGAAGUAGGGGGAGGGAUCUAUGUAGGCGUCAGGCGGCAUCUUGGUCUGAACUAUAAAGUGGGAAGUUGAUGCUGGGUACUACUACUCCUGGACCGGCAGCGCGAAAGUUGUGAUAUCACCGUUGAACCAUCAGCUUUGAAAUUUAAAAACAAUGGAGAAGACUCAAGAAACAGUCCAAAGAAUUCUUCUAGAACCCUAUAAAUAUUUACUUCAGUUACCAGGUAAACAAGUGAGAACCAAACUUUCACAGGCAUUUAAUCAUUGGCUAAAAGUUCCAGAAGACAAGCUACAGAUUAUCAUUGAAGUGACAGAAAUGUUGCAUAAUGCCAGUUUGCUCAUCGAUGAUAUUGAAGACAACUCAAAACUCCGACGUGGCUUUCCAGUGGCACACAGCAUCUAUGGAAUUCCAUCUGUCAUCAAUUCUGCCAAUUAUGUAUAUUUUCUUGGCCUAGAGAAAGUCUUAACCCUUGAUCACCCAGAUGCAGUGAAGCUUUUUACCCACCAGCUUUUGGAACUCCAUCAGGGACAAGGUCUAGAUAUUUAUUGGAGGGAUAAUUACACUUGUCCCACUGAAGAAGAAUAUAAAGCGAUGGUGCUGCAAAAGACAGGUGGACUAUUUGGAUUAGCAGUAGGUCUCAUGCAGUUGUUCUCUGAUUACAAAGAAGAUCUAAAGCCACUACUUAAUACACUUGGGCUCUUUUUCCAAAUUAGAGAUGAUUAUGCUAAUCUACACUCCAAAGAAUACAGUGAAAACAAAAGCUUUUGUGAAGAUCUAACAGAGGGAAAGUUUUCAUUCCCUACCAUUCACGCUAUUUGGUCAAGGCCUGAAAGUACCCAGGUGCAGAAUAUAUUGCGCCAGAGAACCGAAAACGUAGAUAUUAAAAAAUACUGUGUACAUUAUCUUGAGAAUGUAGGUUCUUUUGAAUACACUCGGAGUACUCUUAAAGAGCUUGAAUCGAAAGCCUAUAAACAAAUUGAUGCGCGUGGUGGGAACCCUGAGCUUGUAGCUCUAAUAAAGCACUUAAGCAAAAUGUUCAAAGAAGAGGAUGAAUAAUAUUAAGCCAUUCUUGAUUAAGCCUGGUAGCUUAUUGCAGUUGACUAUUUUUUUUGUCUUUUAGCCUAUCACUUUUUAAAAAAUUUGGACCAAGCUGUCACUCUCCACAAACUGAGUGAAUAGGGGUGAUGUGAAUGAGGUUGUUUCCAUUUAGAACCCCUUUGUACAGAUAAUCAUCAUAUACAAAGUUGAAGGAAUCAAAAGGAGCCACAUUUAAAUAGGUCUAAUUUGAAUGUCAGAAUGUGCUAUGUUUGGACCUUAUGGACAACUGCCACAAAUGUUCUGUUGAUUCUGUCAAUAAAGAAGACUUCAGCUUCCAGGAA